AUGGCGCCGAAAAAGAGAACAACACGAUGCAUUUUUGCCGAAUUUUGCGGAUUAGUUUCCAAAUAUCAUGUCAGACAUAUUGAUAUUAUAAUAGUAACCGAAUCAGACUUGUCCUCCAAUGAUGAUUCUAACCAGAAGGACGCGAAUGUAAAGUCUCGUGGGAAUCUAGUGGAGGAUGACAACUUGGACUGGUUGAAACCGCGCACUCUCAUAAAACCGGACGACCAGGAGGAAGUUCCCGAGGCUGAUCUAGAAGAAGAAGUGGGACGUAUACUAACGACGAUCAACCCUCAAUGGGUGGCCGAUGAAGUGGCGUACCACUAUGGUAAAGGCCAGUUCAUGGUGAAGCCUAAACCGACUUUCGGAAAGGCGUACCCGUUGUAUGUUUAUCAAGGCACGGCUAUUAGGAAGGAUUCUGAUGAAGCUAAGGCGCAGAUAGCUGCUGGAUAUGGUAUGGUUGGGUUCGAUGACGCUGGACCGAAGCGAGCCAAGGUCAAGAAGACCAAAACCGAAGAAGAAGAGGAAGAGGAACCAGAACCUGAGCCAGGUCCCACUGAGGAGGCUAGAGGAGAAGAGGAGCAAGCUCUUGAAGAAGAGAAGCCGGUGGAACCUGAACAGGUUGAGGAGAAACCUGCAGAGCCCGCGGAAGAGAAACCCGAGGGCGAGGGAGACGAGGCAGCUGAAGGAGAAGAAAAGGAAGAAGCAGCAGCUCCACCCGGCGAGGACCUGUUCAACGAGGAGGUGUUCGAGAUCAAGCCUCGAGUCAAGAAGCUGGCCAACCAGUUCAACUUCUGCGAACGAGCUGCCCUCACCUACAACUAUCCUAGACGAUCGGUCGACACCCAGACGAUCCCGCCGCCGCGAGCCAACUUCGGGGCCACGGCGCUCCAGUGCAUCAUUUUCGAUUUCUACCAGGAAGACUACGCUAGGAAGAUGAAGGAGAAAGAGGAUGAGAAGCCUAAAAGGGUAAGGAAGAAAAAAGCAAAACACGCGAAGACGGAGCAGCAAAUUCAUGACGAGAAACUGGCGCAGAGGAUCAGGGAGGCCUGGGCUAUCCUCGAGAGACUCGUCAACCAGAACAUUUAUGAUGACAUUGCUCAAGAUUAUCGCUACUGGGACGAUCCUUCGGACGAGUUUCGCGAAGGUAUGGGCUCUCUGCUGCCUCUGUGGAAGUUCCAGUUCGAUCCUAUGAGGAGCCAUGCCGUCUGCGAUGUUCAAUGGAACCCACAUUACCAGGAUUUAUUCGCCGUUGCAUACGGAUCCUUGGACUUCACAUGCCAGCAUAAGGUGGGCUGCCUCUGCCUGUACAGCAUCAAGAACCCAGCGUACCCGGAGUACGCGGUGAUCACCGAGUCGCCCGUCAUAUGUCUCGAUGUCUACACGGAAAUACCGUACCUUGUUUGUGUUGGACUGUACGACGGGAACGUUUGUGUGUAUAAUGCACAAUUAUCAUUGGAGUCUUCUUACCAGUACAAAUCGAAUUCAGUGAGGGAUAAACACUGCAAUAUCGUAUGGGAGAUUCGUUGGGGCCCGCGCCUAAUAGACGGGGAGCCUUCAUUCUUCUCCAUCUCGGGCGACGGGCGCGUGGUGCAGUGGGCUGUGAUGCCAGGGGAACUGCAGGCCACUACUAUCAUUACCCUGACUUCCAAUGUGCCGCCCAUUCCGGGGCCUGAUGGCACCAUGCUCUCUGUUAAUAGUUGUGGCAGCUGCAUCUGCUUCCACCCGGAGAAGCCGGAGAUCUUCCUGGUGGGCACGGAAGACGGCAUGAUCCACACGUGCUCGCUGAAGUACAACCGCAACUACGUGCGCUCCAUCCAGGGGCAUCACAUGCCUGUUUAUAGGAUCCAUUAUAAUAACUACAAUAAUAGCAUUUACGCGUCCUGUUCAGGAGACUGGAGGGUGAAGAUCUGGGAGGAUGGACGCGAUGAGCCUCUAUUCAUGUUUGAGUUGGGAUCGCCUGUGGGUGACGUGAAGUGGGCGCCUUACUCUAGCACCGUGUUCGCUGCUUGCACUGCUGAUGGAAAGGUUUACGUGUUCGACUUGAAUGUUGAUAAAUACCGGCCAAUAUGCGUGCAAGCUGUGGUCUCCAAAAAGACGAAAAAGCUCUCCAGAAUAGACUUCAAUGUGAAACUACCGGUCAUCGUUUGCGGGGAUACCAAGGGAACAUGUCACGUUCUGAAGUUAUCACCAAAUUUAAGGGUAAUGUGUAAGCCGCCGAAAAAAGCUCAAGGAAUCGAUCAACGGACAUUACAGAUACUAAAACUGGACAAACUCCUCAGCUUGGUUCGUGACCCACCUUUCCAAAUCGGUGUCGUGGACGAGAAGUUUGAAGACGACUGAAUCAUAUUAUGUUGAACUAUACCAACCGCCAUACAACGUAUACCAAUUAGUUAUAUCGUUAUUAAAUAAAACACAUUUAUUCAUAA